UUGUCCUUAAGAACAAACAGUCCCUGGACGAAGGGAUUCUCCUUCAAUCACACAUGUCUCGGAUGAGUUGCUCAAGCUGCCUGAACAAGAUGUAAAAAGACGUAUUCGGUCUUUAACUUAGGUUGGCGAAAAAAAUUGGAUUUUCAUUUUCUUGAAAUUUUCAUAUGUUGUUAGAUUUCGAACUUGCAGUGAUUGCUAUUUCAACAUUUUCCUCGUGGAUUUCUCUACUGGUUCUAUCCAGAAGAAACUGAGAGAGAAAUCCAACUUUACCUGCGCCAUUUCCGCUUAAAUAAAAGAAACAAACGAUCUUUGAGAGAGAGGCAUGCUAUGGAUAAAGAAAGAUGUUGGACAAAAAUUUGCGAUUUUAUCUCUCAAUAAUCUUAUGGCAGUCGCUCGCACACCGGAGUUGGCCAAGCGUGGGAUUACUCGACCUGCUCGACUUGAACCUGUGGCGUGAUCCGCGCGCGCUUUAUGGAAAACGAGACCAUGUGUGGGAGAGAACAAACAUUAAACAAUACAAAUAGGGAAGAAAAAAGAACACCGUUAAACAUGUGCUAUAUUCCGUUUAUUGGAAAACAGUACGCACCCAAGAUACUCUUUUUACCCCGUUCUUCUGAAGAAAAGAACCGUCUCAAGGGAAUAACACCAAAGGUGCCACAUUUUCCCUCUAGAAACUAUAAGACACCGACAGACUUGUCAAGGGAAGAACAUUUUUAACAUGAAUAUUACUGAUCUCGUACACACCUGUGGCCCAACCUCAAAUUUCACGUCCAUUUUGAGGAUCCUUGUAAACUGCGCCAAAAUUUUUUUAUGGGAAGUGUCAACUCUGAAGAAAAGGUUCCCGCCAACAAAGAAACGCAUAGGGAACUUGUUCCUUCAGAGAAAACCCACAUAACCACGUGUACGCUGUUCAAGAUCCUCUCGCACGACCCGCGAACGUCAAAGUUCAAUUUUUUCACGUGUCGGUGUCAUGCGGAUACCUCAGAUCAUCCGCAGCAGCCAAUCAAAAUGGGUAUCGUCACUCCCGGUCGAAUGUGAUUGGAUUACCGUCUUUACGUAAUUUUGGACGAGAUAAAACUGUUGUACAUCUAUCACUUAGUUAGUUCUCCUAAGAUGGCGGACAUGAUGAAGAGCUCUUCCAAGCUGACUGGUAUUGAAAUGGAAACUCGGGGUCAGGCAGAUCCGCCGAAUUACAAUAAAGCUUACUUGCCGGUAGACGAGGAGGCGGGAAAUGGACUUCACGAGGACGAAGAGGGUGAAGAAUUUGAUCCUUGGGCUUUGCCUGAACUCCAAGAUCUUGGCCCUAAGUGGUCUGAACUUGAUGGAUGCGGCAAAGUGAAACGAGUGGCUUUGGCAGUUGGCAAGGUCAUUCUUCUUCUUGGUCUUCUCUAUGUAUUUAUCUGUUCACUGGACUUCCUCAGUAGUGCCUUCCGAUUGCUUGGAGGAAAAGCGGCAGGCGAAGCAUUUGCGUCUAAUAAAAUUUUGAGUAACCCCGUCGCUGGCUUGAUGAUUGGCAUCUUGGCAACGGUUCUCGUCCAAAGUUCGUCUACAACCACAUCCAUCGUUGUUUCAAUGGUCGCUGCGCAGAUUUUAGAUGUUGAGCCUGCCAUUCCAAUUGUGAUGGGUGCCAACAUAGGAACAUCAGUCACCAAUACCAUAGUUUCACUUGCACAAGCUGCUGAGCGUAAUGAGUUUCGACGUGCCUUUGCUGGUGCGACAGUACAUGAUAUAUUCAACUGGCUGUCUGUGCUCAUAUUCCUGCCCUUAGAGGUUAUCACGCAUUACCUACUUCAUCUUACUGGUAAGAUUAUCAAGGUACUUCCUUUGACCCAGAAGAAAGGAACCAACAAAAAGUUGCUGAAGAAAUUGACAGAACCAUUUACCAAGCUUAUAAUUCAGUUGGACAAAAAAAUUAUAGAGAAUAUUGCACUGGGAGAUAAAUCAGCAGAGUCAAAAUCCCUUAUCAAAGACUGUUCACCCAAGGAAGUAACAGAGAUUGUUAAUAAAACCUACAAUGCAACUACUUAUUAUUUGGAAAAUGUGACAACAAUCGAACCUGCCUCAUGCAAGUUUCUCUUCCAUGGUACAUCCCUGAGCGACACUGAGGUUGGCAUCAUAAUCCUGGUUAUCUCCAUUGGCCUGCUCUGUAUCUGUCUUGUCAGUAUUGUUAAGGUUCUUCACUCCAUGCUUCGUGGUCAGAUGGCAAAAAUCAUCAAGAAGACCGUCAAUGCAGACUUCCCUGGACCAUUCAAACAUCUCACUGGCUACCUGGCAAUUCUUGUUGGUGCUGGUCUUACUAUGUUGGUACAGUCCAGUUCCAUCUUUACAUCAGCCCUUACACCUCUCAUAGGAGUUGGAGUCGUCACCAUUGAACGAGCCUUCCCUCUUACCUUGGGUUCAAACAUUGGAACAACUGCAACAGGUAUUCUGGCUGCAUUGGCAAGUGCGUCAAAUCUGGACAAGGCCCUUCAGAUUGCCUUCUGCCAUUUAUUCUUCAAUAUUUCUGGUAUCCUGGUGUGGUAUCCUAUCCCUUACCUGCGAAAAGUUCCCAUUGGUUUUGCCAAGUCAUUAGGAAACAAAACGGCUGACUACAGAUGGUUUGCCAUUGCAUACCUGGUGUUUGGCUUUUUCCUUCUUCCAGCAGCUGUCUUUGGCUUGUCACUUGCUGGUUGGCAGAUUCUCCUUGGUGUAGCUGCGCCCCUCCUACUUCUCUUCCUGUUCAUUGUCAUUGUGAACAUCUUUCAGAGGAAAGCUCCUGGCCAUUUACCAGAAGUUCUCCAAGACUGGGAAUGGUUGCCAAAGUGGACACGAUCACUAGAGCCUCAUGACCGUGUUUUCUCCAAAGUUACUGAGCUGAGCAGAAUGUGCCAUUCAGACAGGACUAGGCAAGCAUCCAACACAGAAUCGCGUGUGUAGAAGAGACUGGUUUUUGUAUUUAUUUAGUCUGGAGCCUGGUUAGAUCAGUAGUUUUCAGAGUUAUUCAUUAGCAGAUGAAAGCAGUUAAAACAUGCUGAUUUUUGUUUUGAUUAUUUUAUUUUUAUUUACCCUUAGUGUCUUUAAAUUAUUUAUUUUGGCAAUUAAAAUGAUCAAGCCUUUUUUUGUUUUGUGGCAGAUAUUCUCCAAUUUUUGGAAUGGGAGAAAGGAAAUUUGUGCUAAUAUGUUACAAUAGUAGCUCAAUCAUGUAGUUUUUCUUUGGAAGCUAUUUGGCAAAAUACCUAAAACAUCUUUUCAGAUGGCUAAAAUUAAAAGAAAUGAAAAUUGCUCUACUAUUUGGCAUGGUGCAAACUUCCUAAUAAUGUGAGUAAUCUGUUUAGUGACUAAACUUUGUUCCCUGCUAAAUGCAAUAUGUUAUUAAUGGUUCAUGUAACAGUGAUCUUAAAACUACUUCUUUGUGGGUAGUGAUAUUUUCGUAAUUCUUGCUUCCUGUUUUUCAGGUUAUGUAAACCCUAUUUACAUUCUAAAAAAAAUACAUCUAAGGAUGAGUGUGCAGGAAUUGUAGCUAAAAAACCACUUAUCUUUAUGAUCAAGUUAAAUGGUCAUGUGGCAAGUCUGACCUCUGAUGCAUAUGGGGUUUACAUGUAGAUACAGUAACAUGCUAUGUUAGAUUUGUACAUUGCUUUUAAUGUUGAAUAAAACACAGAGCUUGCUUUCAUGCUAAGGUAAGUUUGGUAUUUAUAGUAUCAUAACUAUUGUUAAUUUAAAGGACAUUGUAUUAAUGUUUGUUAUGAGAAUAAACAAUUCAAUGGGUUGAGUUAAA